CUUUGCUUUUGAUUAAUCCAAUGUUGUUUCAAAUUGCUUUUUCAGAUUGCCCACAUUUCCAUUAGCACUCUCUUAGAGAAAUUCUGACCCACCUCUUUCCUAGUUUUCCACGUGGAUCUAUUGAAAACUGGAAGAAGUAUGGGGACUUCCCAAAGUCUCAGAGAGAAAAUGUGUUAGGGAUCGAAAAGGCCCUAGCAAUAUGCUUCACCCCUAAACCCUGCACCCUCUUUCCCUGCCUCCCAGCCAUGCAUCCCUCCUGAGCUCUGUGAUAUGGAGCCAGUCAACAGCACAGAGGUGUCUGAGUUCUUCCUGAAAGGAUUUUCAGGUUACCCUGCCCUGGAGCACCUGCUCUUCCCUCUGUGCUCAGCCAUGUACCUGGUGACCCUGCUAGGGAACACAGGCAUCGUGGCGGUCAGCGUGCUGGAUGCCCGCCUGCACACACCCAUGUACUUCUUCCUGGGAAACCUCUCCAUCCUGGACAUCUGCUACACGUCCACUUUUGUGCCCCUGAUGCUUGUCCACCUCGUGUCAGCCCAGAAGACCAUCUCCUUUCUUGGCUGCGCACUCCAGAUGUGUCUGAGUCUGUCUACAGGCUCCACAGAGUGUCUGCUGCUCGCCAUCAUGGCCUAUGAUCGCUACCUGGCCAUCUGCCGGCCCCUUAGGUACCCCGUGCUGAUGAGCCACCAGCUCUGCUGGUUGCUGGCGGGAGCCGCCUGGGUCCUCGGUCUCUGCAAGUCAGUGACUGAGACAGUCAUCGCCAUGAGGCUGCCCUUCUGUGGCCACCGUGUGGUCAGUCACUUCACCUGCGAGAUCCUGGCAGUCCUGAAGCUGGCCUGUGGUGACACGUCCAUCAGUGAGGUCUUCCUGCUGGUGGGUGCCAUCUUGCUGCUGCCCGUGCCCCUGGCCUUCAUCUGCCUGUCCUACACGCUUAUCCUGGCCACCACCCUGAGGGUACCCUCAGCCGCCGGGCGCCGCAAAGCCUUCUCUACUUGCUCAGCACACCUGGCCGUGGUGAUGCUUUUCUAUGGCACCGUCAUCUUCAUGUACAUGAAACCCAAGAGCAAGGAGGCCCGUAUCUCUGACGAGGUCUUCACGGUCCUCUAUGCUGUGGUCACACCCAUGCUGAACCCCGUCAUCUACAGCCUGAGGAACAAGGAGGUGAAGGAGGCUGCCAGGAAGGUGUGGGGCAGGAUACAGACCUCCAGGUGAGGGAGGCCAGGGCUCCUGCAGGUUAGCAGCUCAGGUCUGCCUUCGCCUACAGAGAGAAUGGGUAGGGCACAGGGUUGGGGUUCUGGAAUCUUCAACCCAGAAAGGCAGCACCACCUCCCACUGAUCCUGCCACAGAUCCGAACUCACAAUUCCGGCUUUGUUCCUUUCCCGGGCAGAGCCCUGGGCCAGUUCUCAGCAUCAGUCUCCGCAUCUUCACACCAGCCUCCCAGCUGGCCUCAAGAUUUCAGUCUUGUUCCUCCCAAUCUAUCCUCCAAGGGUCAUCCAGAGGGAUAUUUCGGAAAAGUCUAUUUGAUCAUGUGUCUCUCUUGGCUGAAACCCCUGAAGGGCUACCAGAGCUCUCAGGAUGAAGUGAAAGGGCUUUGCUGGGGGCCUUCCAGACCCCUGCAGCCUGGCCCUGCUGGUCAUGACCAAUCCUCUUCCCCGCCUUGUGUCACACAGACUCCCUCCUGUCAGCCGCACACACCAUCCCGGCAGGAGCCUCGUGUGCCCAGCAAUGCCCGACUCUGUGCCCUUCUUGGUUCUUCCCACAAGGCAGCUCCCACCUGGCACAC